UUCAAAUUUUCAGCUUUUACCUACACUCACCGCAUGAGCAGCUUUAUGGUAACCCUGAUGGGAGAAAUAGAAUGCAAACCACCAAUUCAGGUCAUAAUCGAAGCUUCCAUCAUUACUACCCCGGAGGAGAGCCGCAGCCUUCCGAUCAACAAUGUUGCAGAACCAUCUCCAUCUUCCAUCUUAACGAGGCUCCAUGCAGGGUAUUUCAGGAUAAGCCUUUCUUUCGGUGGCCAAGCUUUGCUAUGGAAGAUUCUGACAGAACCAAAUGGUGUUCCACAGGAUGCCUGGCAUGUAUUCCGCAAGCUCCCAUCCACAGUUUGUCUGCUGCUAUGGUGUCUCGCUGUUUUAACACAGAUUUCACUGUCAUCCGUUUACGUCCUUUGAUGUUUGUUUCACUUUCACUUGGUGAAGGCAGAGUUCUCGCAUCAUAUAGGAGUGAACUACCUCUAUGCUCCUUGGAUUUCAUGGCUUAUCCUGGCCCAAUCUGCACCCAUUGCUUUCCCAAAUAGUAUUUACUGCGUGGUUCUCUGUUGGAUCUUUAUCAUUCCCUUGGCAAUGCUUGAUAUCAAAAUCUAUGGACAGUGGUUUACGACAGAGAAACGGUUUCUAUCAAAGAUGGCAAAUCCAACGAGCCAGAUGUCGGUUAUAGGGAACUUGGUAGCUGCUCGAGCUGCAGCAAGGAUGGGGUGGAAAGAGAGUGCAGUUUGUAUGUGGUCACUCGGUAUGGUGCACUACUUAGUACUCUUUGUUACACUCUAUCAGCGUUUAUCAGGUGGCGACUGCUUUCCUCUGCUACUAAGGCCAACUUUUUUCCUGUUCUUUGCUGCACCGAGCAUGGCGAGUUUAGCUUGGAACUCCAUUACAGGAGCUUUUGACAACACAUCCAAGAUGCUGUUUUUCCUCUCUCUGUUCCUCUUCAUGUCUCCGGCUUGCAGGCCAUCUCUUUUCAAGAAAUCUAUGCGGAAAUUCAAUGUUGCAUGGUGGGCUUACUCCUUCCCAUUAACCUUCCUUGCCCUGGCUGCUGCUGAAUACGCACCACAGGUACAGGGUCAUGCAGCAGCUAUAUUAAUGCUUUUGUUAUCAGUACUGUCACUUCUGGUUUUUCUCGGCUUAAUGCUGCUCACAGCUGCCAACAUCAACCGGCUGUUAGGUGAAACUGAUCCCAUGGAUAGUUUCUCCAGUAAUCUAAAAUCAAGUACUUGAGCCAGAGAACCAAGUGGAAGAUGAGGCGAUAGUUGAAUGCAACUAGAAACACACAUCAAUUAGAAGUUGACUUUCAU